AUGGGAGGCAACCAGACACGGAUCACAGAAGUCACCCUCCUGGGAUUCCAGGUCGAUUCAGCACUGGAGUUUUUCCUCUUUGGACUUUUCUCUCUCUUCUACACCCUCACCCUUCUGGGGAAUGGAGUCAUCCUGGGGCUUAUCUGCUUAGACUCAAGACUGCACACCCCCAUGUACUUCUUCCUCUCACACUUGGCCAUCAUCGACAUGUCCUAUGCCUCCAACAAUGUCCCCAAGAUGCUGGCAAAUCUUACAUUCCUAUAUCUAGCUUUUGCUAACACAGAGUGCCUGAUUUUGGUGGUGAUGGCCUAUGACAGGUAUGUGGCCGUCUGCCACCCCCUCCAUUAUGUUAUCACCAUGAGCUGGAGAGUGUGCACUGUCCUGGCCAUCACAUCCUGGGUGUUAAGCUUCCUCUUGGCUCUGGUCCACUUAGUUCUCUUUCUGAGGCUGCCCUUCUGUGGGCCUCAUGAAAUCAACCACUUCUUCUGUGAAAUCCUGUCUGUCCUCAAGCUGGCCUGUGCUGACACCUGGCUCAACCAAGUUGUCAUCUUUUCAGCCUGUGUUUUUAUCUUACUGGGGCCCCUCUGCCUGGUGCUGGGCUCCUAUGCGCGCAUCCUGUUCGCCAUCCUGAGGAUCCAGUCCGCUGAGGGCCGCAGGAAGGCCUUCUCCACCUGCUCCUCCCACCUCUGCGUGGUCGGGCUCUUCUUUGGCACUGCCAUCAUCUUGUACAUGGCCCCCAAGUCCCGCCACCCCGAGGAGCAGCAGAAGGUCCUUUCCCUGUUUUACAGUCUUUUCAACCCCAUGCUGAACCCGCUCAUCUACAGCUUGAGGAGCAAAGAGGUCAAGGGUGCCUUUAGGAGAGUGCUGUGGAAGGACAGGCUAAUGUGA